GUUACGUACAGUUUUGUGACGUCAGACGCACACGUAGCGACAUGCAUAAUGCGGAAGUGACUGACGGAACAGUGUCGAACUGUAACAAGCAAAUUUCGCCACAAACACAUGAGAGGAACGAUUUCUUUUUUACUAAGCUUGUUCAGAUGAGGACGGUUCACCCAGUUGAGCCUUUUUGUCAUCUUUUGCGAUGACAACUCCCCAUUUUCCCGCAUUGCUUUUCCUUCUCUUUUUCUCCUCUUUUGCUAUCAUGCUUUUGACCCAUCUUCCUACCGUCGCCCCGUCAUUACCUUUCCCCCAAUCACCUUCAUCAUACCCUUGCAGCCCAGGUCAGUCCUGGGCUGUCCGGCUCCACGCUGAUCAACAUCAUGAGGACGAAGGUGGUGGACAAAGAUCUUUAAAACUGGAUGCAAUUGCGAACCAGGUGGCAGAACAGGCUGGGCUGCACAACUAUGGCCAGAUUGGACAGUUAGAAGGCCACUAUUUGCUGUGUUCUUCUCACCCUGCUGCUCAAGUUCAAAGAAAGCAUCCGGGGGAUUUUCUAGCAACCCACCCUCAUGUUCUUUGGUACUCUGAAGAGAAGGUUCUGAGCCGCUCCAAAAGAUCUAUGGCCUUCAAUGACCCUCGAUACCCUAAACAGUGGCACCUGCACAAUGAUGUCAAUAAAGGGAUGGACAUCAAUGUGACAGGAGUGUGGGAGCGUAACAUAACCGGCCAAGGAGUAACUGUGGUAGUGGUUGAUGACGGCAUACAACACACCCAUCAAGAUAUACAACCUAAUUAUAGUCCAGAGGGCAGCUAUGAUCUGAAUUCUAAUGACGAGGAUCCCAUGCCCCACCCAGACGUGCACAGUGACAACCACCAUGGGACUCGAUGUGCCGGUGAGAUCGCGGCUGUUCCCAACAACAGCUUUUGUGCUGUGGGGGUGGCGUAUGGCAGUAAAGUGGCAGGUAUCAGGGUUCUGGAUGGGCCACUGACAGAUAGCCUGGAAGCCAUAGCCUUCAACAAACACUACCAAGUCAACGACAUCUACAGCUGCAGUUGGGGCCCUGAUGAUGAUGGACACACUGUGGAUGGACCUCACCCCUUAGGAAAGGCGGCACUACAGCAUGGGGUAAUUGCCGGGAGACGUGGCUUUGGAAGCAUCUUUGUGGUUGCCAGUGGAAAUGGAGGUCAAUAUAAUGAUAACUGCAACUAUGACGGAUACGCCAACUCCAUCUAUACCAUCACUAUCGGAGCCGUUGAUGAGAAUGGCAGGAUGCCCUUUUACGCUGAGGAGUGUGCUUCCAUGCUGGCUGUCACUUUCAGUAGUGGGGGGAACAAAAUGAGGAGCAUUGUGACAUCAGACUGGUCCAUGCAACAGGGGACAGGAUGUACUGAGGGCCACACUGGCACGUCAGCUGCUGCCCCCAUUGCGGCCGGAAUGGUGGCCCUCAUGCUCCAAGUCCGACCGUGUCUUAGCUGGAGGGACAUCCAGCACAUCAUUGCCUUCACUGCCACCAAGUGUGACAACAGUUCAGACUGGAGGGUGAACGGAGCAGGUUUCUAUCACAGCCAUCAACAUGGUUUUGGUCUACUCAACGCAUGGAAACUUGUUAAUGCUGCCAAGAUAUGGGAGUCUGUGCCAUUUUUAGUGUCCUAUCAGAGCUCAGUAAAAGAGGAGAAAGGCUUCAUCCCAACCUAUCCCAUGGAGCUGGUUCGCAUGUGGACAGUCACUGCUGCUGAUGUGGAACAGUCUGGGAUGCAGACACUGGAGCACGUGGCUGUUACUGUGACAAUAACCCACCCAUGCCGUGGCAAUCUGGAGAUUGUGUUGUUAUGUCCCAGCGGUGUUCCAUCAAUCAUUGGGGCCCGCCGUGUUGUUGACAGAGACCCCUCAGGCUAUCAAGACUGGACCUUCUCUACUGUGCGUUGCUGGGGGGAGAAGGCUCAAGGCCAAUACCUUCUCAAGAUAUCUGACCACAAGGAGCCGUUAUCAGAGCAAUGUGCCACCGUGGGAGAGUUAAAGGAAUGGAAGUUGACUCUGUAUGGAUCGUCUAUGACUUUCAAUGAGGUCAAGGACAGGCAAAGGCUGGUGGAGGAAGCUAUGAGUGGCAAAUACCUGGACAGCAACUUCUCUCUGCCUUGCCCCCCAGGCCUUGAUAUUCCAUCAGAGAUUAUUAGUCCAUUCACCUCCAACAGCCUCAAGUUUCUCCUGUUGCUUGGCUGCUUUGCUCUGUUCUGGUCCCUCUACUACAUACUGGAGGCCACCGUGGCACACUUGGACCUCAAAGACCUCCUAUGUCUGUCCUGGAGGCACAGAGGGCACAAAGUCAAGAAGGGCCGUCGAGACAGAGGAGUAGAAGAGGCGUUGGAAGAAGAGGAAUUUGGAGAGGGCGAGGAGAGAAACGUUUUGUUGGAGCUGCAUACAGUGUUGGACUCUAGGCCCGAAGCGCCACUUAUAAAUGGAGAGAUGCUGGAUACAUAGCAAUGAUCCCGGUGGUGGUUUUGAAGUGCUUUUUGGAUUUCUCAGGCUUUCACCCAAACGUGCUCGCCCACUAUGAUUCCUCCAGAGUGGGAUUGAGGAGUAAAACAAUGAGUUACAGAAAAACUUGAUUGAAAAAGUACUCGUGGACUCAAACAUGGUGUGUUCUUAUGCACUUGACCAUCUCAAAAACAAAACCGUAAAAGAUUCAAACCCUCAGUAAGUAUAUGCUUACAGAAAGAGGAGUACCUUUUAUGGAGAUGGAGUCAAACCAAGAUAAACAUAUGCACUUUACACAAGGGUGAAUCUGCUGCGUGAGUGUUGUGAAAUGAGUGUAAACGAGGUCUUCCUUUUAAAGGGUCAUUGAUUUAGAACUGUGGUACUGCUGAUAUAUUUUAGGAAUAAAAUAUAUUUUUUACGUAAAAGGUUUCUUACCUUGGGCUUAUUGAACAACUCCAGGAAAAAAAAAACUUGACAUUCAUUUUGAAGUUAGAGUAUUGAAUAUUUAUAGUUAUAUUUUUAUUCAAGUGUCACACAUAUAUGCCUUAUACAUUGUACAUCAUUUGUGCUGGCUAUAAAUGGCUUUUUUUUUUUACAAAACGUUUUAUUAAAGAGAGGUGUUGGAAGUUGUGUUUUGCUGUGCAAGUCACAUGAAUAAAAGAUAAGGGAC